UUACACUAUAUAUCGCAACUCACUCUCUCUCUCUCUCUGCCUUUGUCUCUUUGAUCUGCAUCGAUCUGUUCUUCUGCUGUAAUCCCCCCUCUGCAAGUUCAAUGCUUCAGAGAACUGUUUCUGGGUGGGCGGCUCAUGAUUCCUCGGGCAACAUAACUCCCUAUGUGUUCAAAAGGAGAGAGAACGGCGCAAACGAUGUGAUCAUAAAAAUCAUGUACUGUGGGAUGUGCCACACUGAUCUUCAUUAUGUUAGGAAUGAGUGGGGGAACACCAUGUACCCUGUUGUUCCUGGGCAUGAAAUAACAGGGGUGGUAAUAGAAGCAGGGAGCAAUGUGAAGAAGUUGAAAGUGGGAGAUAGAGUGGGUGUUGGGUGCUUGGCAGCUUCUUGUUUGGAGUGUGAGUUCUGCAGAGGAGGAGAAGAGAAUUACUGUGAACAGAUCCAGUUCACCUACAAUGGCAUAUUUUGGGAUGGUAGCAUUACUUACGGUGGUUAUUCUCAGAUAUUGGUUGCUGAUCACAGGUAUGUGGUGGUGGUCCCGGAGAACCUACCAAUGGACGCAGCGGCGCCAUUGUUGUGCGCAGGAAUCACAGUGUACAGCCCUAUGAAAGAAGGGAAGUUGAUGGAGAGCAGUGGGAAGAAGAUAGGAAUAGUUGGUAUGGGGGGUCUGGGACACAUAGCUAUAAAAUUCGGCAAGGUUUUGGGUCAUCAUGUCACCGUUAUUAGCACUUCCCCCUCUAAAGAACAUGAGGCCAAACAUCGUUUGGGUGCAGAUGCUUUCAUCCUCAGCACCGACCCACAUCAGAUGCAGGCAGGGAAGAGAAGCCUGGAUUUUAUGUUGGAUACAGUAUCAGCUGAGCACUCCCUAGGGGAAAUCUUAGAAUUGCUCAAAGUGAAUGGCACUCUAGUGCUUGUGGGUGCACCAGAUAAGCCCUUACAACUGCCUUCUUUCCCUUUGAUUUUUGGUACAUAUAACCCCUCAUUACUAUCUCCCUUUUCUGAUUAAUCAAAUCUUGUAUAG